UGUUCUCCAUAUAUUCUCUUCCUUAAUUAGUCCUCCAAUUCAUUUAAUUAAAGUUGUAUCUAUCUUGAUGAUGGCAGAUUGGGAUAGAUCAAGCACAUCAGAUAAUGCCUCAGUGGUCUCACCUGAUUCGACCCGAGUGGUUGCAUUAGAGACCACCAACGAAGAAACCUCUAAACUUGAAUUUUCACAAGAUGAAGAAAUGCUCAUUGCAAAAAUGUUCAGCUUGGUUAGAGAGAGGUGGUCAUUAAUUGCUGGAAGAAUUCCAGGAAGAAAUGCUGAUGAGAUUGAAAAAUAUUGGAAAUCAAGAUACUCCAAGAGCCAUAGGGAGGAAAUAGUGGUCCAACCUCAAGAUGAAGCUCAAAGCAUUGAAUUGAAAGAGAAAUCUGGGCCUUCAACGGGGCAGACUCGGCAGUAUUUUUUUGGGCCAGAAAAAAGGCCCAUAUCCAUCUGUCCACCUUCAGAGACUGGGCCUCAACAGAAAUUGGGCCCUACAACAAUUGAGCCCAAUAACAUCUCUGUAGACCAAAAGUUGGUUAACCCAGCCCAAGACAAAAUAAACCAAUAAUAUAACUUCCUGUUUCCCAGCCCAGCCCAAGAUUGGUCAAACAUCCCAUUAAGACGUACAA